AUCCCAAUCGAGACCUCUGUUCCCUCUUGUGUUCUCAGAGCCAUUGUUACAAACCCACAUGGUGGUGUGCAUAAAACUGUGACACCCCACUAGAGCUUUGUUAAUUGUUUAGGUUAUGAGAGAGUGAAUCAAGAGAGUGAGGUGAUGGAGGCAGCAGAGCUGGAGCUGGAGAGGCGGAGUAGGUUCUUGAGUAGUUUGAUUCAGAAGAAGAAGGCGGUGGAGCAGAAGGACCACCAUGACAUGCUCAAUGUGAGAGUCAGGGCGUCGGACAUGCCAGUCGCUUUGCAAAACUGCGCGUUUCGGCGUGCCAGGGAUCAUCUUGACUCCGAGCCUGGGAAGCUCGACAGUAAAAAGCUUGCUUUGGCUCUUAAGAAGGAUUUUGAUUCAUCAUAUGGCCCAGCUUGGCAUUGCAUUGUGGGAACUAGCUUUGGUUCAUAUGUCACACAUUCCACUGGAGGAUUCUUGUAUUUUUCGAUCGACAAGGUUUACGUCCUUCUAUUCAAAACAGCUGUUGAGCCUUUGGACCAUUGAUAGUUCCUACAGAAUUGGUUCUAUGCUUGUCCGUGUGAUGACAUUGUAAUUUGGCGCUGCCAAUUCUCUAUGUAAAAUUACAGAUGAAUUAACUGUAAUCAUCCUUGUUCCCUCUUGUAGUUGCUUCACGCUGCUGCGUUUAAGAACAAGUGAGUGAUCGAUAAUUUCUUCUGAUAAGUGGCAAGAACUUUUUUGUUCCUUUUGCU